GCGUCAUAUCUGCGUUGGCUGAAGCAUGCGUCCUUACGUCAGUGUGCGUGCCUCCAAUUUGACUUUGUGGCUGUGGUAACUAAGGGAAACAUCAGUGGUCAAAACCCCUAAUCGCUGAAUUGGCAUCGUCAACCACAGGCUGUAAAACUCACCGCGAACGUUGCUUCUCAGAUUUCUGAAGUAUGGCACCGACAGGAGAGGUGGCGUCUGGCAGUGGUGCGCGAGUGUGUGCUGACAACCGCCUGCGCUGGGACCUGACCCCCGAGCAAAUCCAUCAGCUCUCAGAUGAGCUUAUUGACAAGACCAAAAAGGUGUAUGACUGUGUUGGGGCCCUGGACCUGGCCAGUGUUUCCUAUGAGAACACCCUGAAAUCCCUCGCUGAUGUAGAGGUGGAGUACACAGUUGAGCGCAAUAUGCUGGACUUCCCUCAGCACGUGUCCUCUUCCAAGGACGUACGCACGGCCAGCACCGACGCCGACAAGAAGCUGUCCGAGUUUGACGUGGAGAUGAGCAUGAGGGAGGACGUCUACCAGAGGAUCGUGGCACUGGAGGGGAAGCUUGACGCUGACACGCUCACUGAUGAAUCCAAGAGGUACAUGGAGAGGCUGAUCAAGCUGGGCCAAAGGAAUGGCCUCCACCUGACCAAAGAGACACAGGAUGAAGUCAAAAGGAUUAAGAAGAAGCUUAGCAACCUGUGCAUUGACUUCAACAAACACCUGAACGAGGACACCACCAGUCUGGUUUUCACCAGAGAGGAGCUGGGCGGUCUCCCAGAGGACUUCCUGAGCUCGCUGGAGAAGGACGGAGACAAGCUGAAGAUCACCCUCAAGUACCCUCACUACUUCCCCACCAUGAAGAAGUGCUUUAUCCCUGAGACCCGUAGGAAGCUGGAGGAGGCCUUCAACUCUCGCUGCAAAGAGGAAAACUCUGCCAUCCUGAAAGAACUGGUGCAGCUGAGGGCUCAAAAGAGCUCCCUGCUGGGCUUCACCACCCACACUGACUUUGUCCUGGAGAUGAACAUGGCCAAGUCUGGCAAGAAGGUGGCUGGCUUCCUAGAGGAGCUGGCCCGUAAGCUGAAGCCCCUGGGGGAGGAGGAGCGCAAGGUCAUCCUCGCGCUGAAGGAGAAGGAGUGCCAGAAGAGGAGCCUGCCUUUCAAUGGCGAGCUGCAAGCCUGGGACACGCGCUACUUCAUGACCCAGGUGGAGGAGACCCAGUACGCGGUGGACCAGAACCAGCUGAAAGAGUACUUCCCGAUGGAGGUGGUGACCCGGGGCUUGUUGGACAUCUACCAGGAGCUGCUCAACCUCACCUUUGAUCUGGUGGAGGGCGCUCCAGUUUGGCACGACGACGUCACCCUCUACUGCGUCAAGGACCGCACCUCGGGCACGGUGGUGGGCCAGUUCUACCUGGACCUCUUCCCAAGAGAGGGGAAGUACGGCCACGCUGCCUGCUUCGGCCUGCAGCCCGGCUGUCUGCUGUCGGACGGGACCCGCCAAAUGGCGGUGGCAGCCAUGGUGGCCAACUUCAGCAAGCCCACGGCCGAUGCCCCCUCCCUGCUGCAGCAUGACGAGGUGGAGACCUACUUCCACGAGUUUGGCCAUGUCAUGCACCAGCUCUGCGCUCAGGCUGACUUUGCCAUGUUCAGCGGGACUCACGUGGAGCGGGACUUUGUGGAGGCGCCCUCCCAGAUGCUGGAGAACUGGGUGUGGGAGAAAGAGCCCCUGCAGCGCAUGUCCAAACACUACAAGACGGGCGCCCCAAUCCCCGACGACCUGCUGGAUAAACUCAUGAAGUCCCGGCUGGCCAACACGGGUCUGUUUAACCUGCGUCAGAUUGUCCUGGCCAAGGUGGACCAGGCACUCCACACCAAGAAUGGCCUGGACCCAGCUGAGGAGUAUGCCCGGCUGUGCCAGGAGAUCCUGGGUGUGCCCGCAUCCUCAGGAACCAACAUGCCUGCCACGUUUGGCCACCUGGCAGGUGGUUAUGACGCCCAGUACUACGGUUACCUCUGGAGCGAGGUCUACUCCAUGGACAUGUUCUACGCCCGCUUCAAGCAGGAGGGCAUCAUGAACCCAAAGGUGGGGCUUGACUACAGAAACUUUAUCCUGAAGCCCGGAGGCUCGGAGGAUGCUGAACUGAUGCUGAAGAACUUCCUAGGGCGGGAGCCAAAGCAAGAAGCUUUCCUUCUGAGCAAAGGACUAACGGUUGAGCUGGAGGCGGACACUCCAUGUGCCUGUUGACCAAUCACAGCCAGCUCAGUGUAAACAUCCCCAACCAAUCAUACACUUAAGACACAGGCACAAGGGACCUACAUUUUCAACUACAAAAAACCCAGAUGAAGACAAGAAUUGAUAAAGAGAAGAAUUUCCCAUUUCUGCUGCUCUACAGCAGUGUUCCCCAACCCUGGUCCUCCAGUACCCCAACAGUACACAGUUUUAUUAAGCACACCUCGUUCAACUUGUCAACUCAUCAUCAAGCCCUCAAUGAGUUGAAUCAGAUGUGCUUGUCCAGGGUUACAUUAAAAAUGUGUACUGACCAGGGUUGGGAAAGAUUGCUCUGCAUGCAAUAUCAGCCAGUUUCCCCCAUUUUGCGCUGUGUUUUGAGUUUGGAGGUAUAUUUUAAACUGCAAUUGUAUUCAAGUAAGGAAGAGCAAAAUACACUAACAAAGAAUUGACUUGA